UAGCUUAUCGUUUGGGUGGAAUAUCUAAUAAAAUUGCGAAGAUUGUUUUUGUUUACCUGGAACUUGUAAUUGCAUAAAAAGCCUCCAAGAUGGGUAAACGACAGCAUCAAAAGGAUAAAAUGUACCUAACGUACACCGAGUGGAGCGAGUUCUAUGGUGGCAAAAAGGUGGAAUCUUUGGAAAAUGAGCAUAUUAAAUUUAAACGUUUGCCAUUUGGCAAUUGCUGUAUAACCAUGGCACCAUUUGAAACGCCAUACUGCGAUCCUAAUGGCAAUGUCUUUGAAUAUGAGGCCAUACUAACAUUCUUGAAGGCAUUCAAAGUUAAUCCCAUUACUGGUCAAAAAAUGGAUUCUAAGUCUUUGCUGAAGCUCAACUUUUAUAAGAAUGCCAAUGAUGAAUACCAUUGUCCAGCUCUCUUCAAGCCGUUCAGCAAAAACUCACACAUUGUGGCUGUGGGUACAACGGGAAACGUUUACUGCUGGGAGGCAAUUGACCAGCUUAACAUCAAGACCAAGAACUGGAAGGAUUUGAUUGAUGACACGCCAUUCCAGCGCAAGGAUAUUAUAACCAUACAAGAUCCGCAACAUUUAGAAAAGUUCGACAUAUCUAAGUUCUAUCACAUCAAGAAAAACCUGCGUGUUCUAUCGGCGGAAGAGCAGCUGGAACGCAAAGAUCCCCAGGGACGCAUAAAGACAAUGAAUAUGGAAACAAAAGAAACCCUCGCACAGCUGCAAAAGGAUUACCAGCCAGCAGAAGAGGCACCUACCAGCUCGAAGCGCACAGCAGACAAAUUCAAUGCGGCUCACUACUCGACGGGUGCUGUUGCAGCCAGUUUUACGUCCACUGCCAUGGUGCCCGUCUCACAGAUUGAGGCAGCCAUCAUAGAUGAUGAUCUGGUCAAGUACGAGCGCGUCAAGAAGAAGGGCUACGUGCGACUUAACACAAAUUUCGGGCCACUCAACUUGGAGCUCUACUGCGAUCAGACGCCACGCGCUUGCGAUAAUUUUAUAAAGCAUUGCGCAGAUGGCUACUACAACAAUGUGCUGUUUCACCGUUCCAUCAGGAACUUUAUAAUACAAGGCGGCGAUCCAACAGGCACUGGAGCUGGCGGCAAAUCUAUUUGGGGUAAAAUGUUUGAGGACGAGUUCAAGCCAAAUCUUUCGCACACGGGACGCGGCAUUCUCUCUAUGGCCAAUUCAGGACCCAAUACAAAUGGCUCUCAGUUUUUUAUUACUUAUCGCUCGUGCAAGCAGCUCGAUGGCAAACACACAAUCUUUGGCAAGCUUGUUGGCGGACUGGAGACGCUGCAGAAAAUGGAGAAUAUUGAGGUGGACAACAAAGAUCGACCCAUCGAGGACAUUAUCAUAGAGAAUGCCCAAGUAUUUGUCAACCCGUUCGAGGAAGCCGUAGAACAAUUGGCCAAGGAACGCGCCGAAGAGGCGGCCAGUAAGCAGGUGGCCGCCACAAAGCUCGAGCAGCAAAAACGCAUGAACGAGCCACUGAAAGUAUAUCGCUCAGGAGUUGGGAAAUACCUGAAACCAAGUGCACCUAAGAAACCAGAUCCUCAAGAGCAAUUGACAGCUGCACAGCCGGCGAAAAAGAAGAAAGUUGCAAAUGGUUUCGGCGACUUUGCCAGCUGGUAGUUGUGCUCGAAUAAAUACACAA